AUGGGGGCUGCCCAAUCGCGGCGCACAGCUUACGCACUUCCAUCUCCCAGGGAAAAGCCAAACAUACCUCACACAUUGUUGUGGUGGGGAAGGCGGUGGGGUGCCAACAAACCAAAAAUACCUAUGAAGCAAAAUGUUCUUAUGGGGGCGAUGUGUUCUUAUGGGGGAAUGUGUUCUUAUGGGGCGAAAUGUUCUUGUGGGGGAAUGUGUUCUUAUGGGGCGAAGCGUUCUUAUGGGGCGAAAUGUUCUUGUGGGGGAAUGUGUUCUUAUGGGGCGAAGUGUUCUUAUGGGGGAAUGUGUUCUUAUGGGGCGAAGCGUUCUUAUGGGGGAAAAUGCGUUCUUAUGGGGCGAAGUGUUCUUAUGGGGGAAUGUGUUCUUAUGGGGGAAAGUGUUCUUAUUGUGCUUAUUUUUCCUUUUCUGCAUUUCCCAUGGAUAUUUCCUUUUCACACUGCACAUGGCGGUGGGGGAACUCCUUAA